GAUUCCAACCAAUAGGGGGCAUCAUUCCCAAGAAGACCCAACUGCCAUGGCAAGCCCUGUCAAGCCAUAGAAGUCGGGGUGGGGCCACCUCCUCCUGACGUCUGCUCCAUACCACGCGUUGAAGCUUCAAUCCCAUUGAAGGAACACCUCCUUGCGUCGUCCUUGUUCCUCCCCUCCUGUCGCGGUUGCGUGUGUGCCGCUGGCCUCAUGCGAGCAGCCGGUGUUGUCGCACGGCCAGUCGCACCCGUUGCGUUCGCAAAUCGUCGCCCACCGUCUAUCACCUGCUCCAUAGCUCUCCGCUUCAGCCGUCACCUCCCCAUUCCCACGCAACACGACCGCUCGUCACGCCAUUGCGCUGUUCGCUCUCCUUUGCGCUCCACUUUCGUAAUUUUCAAGACUCGUUCGCCAUUGCCCAUCCUUAGCUUCUUCCCACCCCGCCAGCUCUCUCCCGCCGACCCUCCCGCUCGCUUCCGCAGAGCCUGCGAAAAUUCCUGCCCCUCACCUCGUUCGGCGAGUCUUCCCGCUGUCGCAUCCGUUGUUCAAUUCGUCGCCAGCUUGUCGCCCCCAGCGGGCCCUGUCGUAACGCCUUCUGGUCGACUUGGCUCAGCAGCACCGGUAACUGGCGAUUUUGCCGCAGAGAAAUUCGUCGCCGCCACUGCCGCCACUGCCGUCGCAGCAGCCGCCGCCGCUGCCGCAGCAGCGUUCGCCCUGGUCGUCUGCUGCCCGCCCGCACUCGCCUCUCCCGCCGCAUCUCCUCAGGAGAUCGUCCUUCCUCUUGCUACAGUAUCCCGUUCUCCGCUCGCUGCCGUGUUGCAAAGCCCGCCCGCUUUAGCCUCGCCGAUUCCGCUCGCUGUAGCCUCGCCGAUUCCGCUCGCUACAGCCUCGCCGAUUCCGCUCCCUGCAGUGUCGGCAAUUCCGCUCCCCCCGGCGUCGCCAGUACCGCUCGCUGCAUCCGCGGCAAUGAGCAGCAGCGGCGUGGAGUGGGAGGUGGUAGUGCCGUCGCUCGUUGGGGUGACGCCCGCCGGCGCUCUGAUCGCUGUCACCGCCACCGCAGGCACGCUCUGCCUGGGCUUCGCGCUCUUCAUCGCUGUAGGGGUGCUGUUCCAGCCGCGGUGGAUCAUCAGCUGGGUGCGGCAGAACCAGCCACACAUACUGUUUGAGCACGUCACUAAAGAGCGCCUGGUCGCGCUGACAAUUGAUGACGGGCCGAACGGAGAGACAACCCACGAGCUGCUGGAUCUGCUCAAGGACCAUGGGUGCACGGCCACCUUCUUCCUGAUUGGAACAAACAUUGACAGAUACCCGCAAAUAGUGGACCGCAUGCACGCUGAAGGCCACGAGGUGGGCAACCACAUGACCGAAGACGCCCCCAGCUGGCGACUACCUCCGAAUGAGUUUGAGUCGUCUCUGCUGGCGGUGGACGCCAAGCUGCACCGCUACUUCCGGAGGGACGCCGGGGGAAAUCCAGUCAAGUGGUUCAGACCGGGCCAUGGGUGGUACACCAAGAGGAUGCGCCAGCUGGCACAGCGCCACGGCUACAACGUGGCUCUGGGCUCCGUCUUCCCCGUGGACCCCCUCUUUAAGGACAGCAGCCGCCCGCUUGCAACAUACUGUCUGUGGAAGAUCUACCCAGGCGCCAUCAUCAUCCUGCAUGACCGCCCGCAGCAAGGCACCCAAACAGUAGAGAUUCUCCGCAUGAUGCUCCCAGAGCUCAGACGCCAGGGGUAUCAAGUGGUCUCCCUCUCUCACCUCGUGAGGGGGCUCCACUCCCACCCCCACACUCUCCACUCCCACCCCUCCGCUCCCUCGACUCACUCCGAAUCAUCUGCGCCCGACUCCCCGCAGUCUUCUUCCCAUCCUAUCCCUGUCAACCACGCCGUUUCCUCUCCCCGCUCUAUGUCAGUAGAUCGGUCAGAAGAGGAAAAACAAUUGGUACAUAAAAAGAGGGAUUAGGGUGACUCGAACUUUUAAUCAUUUAUGGCUCGUACUUCCUGAUGUGGAUGAGCUAUGCUACUUCUAAUAUUAAUGUACCAUU